AUGGCGGAUACAGCGACUACAACAUCGGCGGCAGCGGCAAGUGCCGCUAGCUCCUCGAGCGAUGCACCUCCUUUCCAGCUGGGCAAACCCCGCUUCCAGCAGACCUCCUUCUACGGCCGCUUCAGGCACUUCUUGGACAUUAUCGACCCUCGCACCCUCUUUGUCACUGAGAGACGUCUCAGAGAGGCUGUGCAGCUGCUGGAGGACUAUAAGCAUGGGACCCUGCGCCCAGGGGUCACCAAUGAACAGCUUUGGAGUGCACAGAAAAUCAAGCAGGCUAUUCUACACCCAGACACCAAUGAGAAGAUCUUCAUGCCCUUUAGAAUGUCAGGUUACAUUCCUUUUGGGACGCCAAUUGUGGUCGGUCUUCUUAUGCCCAACCAGACACUGGCAUCCACUGUCUUCUGGCAGUGGCUGAACCAGAGCCACAACGCUUGUGUCAACUAUGCAAACCGCAACGCUACCAAGCCUUCACCCGUAUCCAAGUUCAUCCAGGGCUACCUAGGAGCUGUCAUCAGUGCCGUCUCCAUCGCUGUGGGCCUUAAUGUCCUGGUUCAGAAAGCCAACAAGUUCACCCCGGCCACCCGCCUUCUCAUCCAGAGAUUUGUGCCCUUCCCCGCUGUAGCCAGUGCCAAUAUCUGCAACGUGGUCCUGAUGCGGUACGGGGAGCUGGAAGAAGGGAUCGAUGUCCUGGAUGGUGACGGCAACCUUGUGGGCUCCUCCAAGAUUGCAGCCAGACACGCUCUGCUGGAGACGGCCCUGACGAGAGUGGUCCUCCCGAUGCCCAUCCUGGUGCUCCCUCCGAUCGUCAUGUCCAUGCUGGAGAAGACCGCUCUCCUGCAGGCGCGCCCCCGGCUGCUCCUCCCUGUGCAAAGUCUCGUGUGCCUGGCAGCCUUCGGCCUGGCCCUGCCUCUGGCCAUCAGCCUCUUCCCACAGAUGUCAGAGAUCGAAACAUCCCAGUUAGAGCCUGAGAUUGCCCGGGCCACCAGCAGCCGGACAGUGGUGUACAACAAGGGGCUGUGAGUGGCGGCCGGCCAGCCAGCCUGGGGAUGCAGCGCUGUCCAGCCGAGGGAGCUGGGGCGGGGAAGGAGUCUCGUGAGCAGCACUUGCGGCGGGUGGGCAACUGACCCCAGCAGUCCUGGGCCGCCUGGGAGGGUCUCCGUCCACAGUGGUAGGGAGACUAAUCUAUUCACAUGUUAACAUAAGGGAGAGGAAUUCUGACACAUUUCCUAUGAAAAUAAUCAAGUGCAUUUCUGGGCCUUACGUGGGGUUGUCGAAACUCUACUCAGCACAAUUAUGUGUGAAGCUGAAAAAUUGUAGAGUGCCCACAGGGUAGAAUUAGGAUCCUUUUAUACUUUUUUUUUUAAAUUUUUUUUAUCAGAAUCUAGCCUCGGUCGCAGCUGCCCAGGUGCUGCUAGCACGUGGUCUGGUGAUGGGAGUAAGAGCUCUUUGCACUGCUGGUUUGGUGGCUGGGCUAGUAGAUUUCAGAUAUUACUGUGGCCAAGCCGAUGUCUCCCUGGGGUGGGCAGGGGUGGGGAAAAAAGGGAAGGCCGUCUGUCUACACCUCGAAAGAUGAACCAGCCAUGGCCAAGGUCCUCAGGAGGUGGCUUAGGAAAUCAAGGGGCACUGGAGGCCUCUGGAAGAUGCCACAGGCAGCUGGCUCUGAGUGUGGCCGGCCUUCAAGCUCCGCGCCACGCCUGCAGAGCCAAUCCCUCUGCAGGAAACCGAGGGACACACUUGGGCUGGUGUCACUCUUUGUGGAGCCCUGAUGUACUUGAAGCCCCUGUGACAGCCCCCACUCCAGGCAGGAAGCCCCAAGAAGGAAUGACGUUUGGCAGGGACCACGGGCAUGCAGUCUGGCCUGUGCAGGAAGAUCCUCCUUCCUCGCACCAGGCUGGAAGCCCUGUUUGGCCGAGCGUGGGGCUGGAGCCAGGCUGACUGCCGUCUGGGAAGCCUCUCCAGCCACCGAGGCUGCCUGCCCCAUCGCGCUGCUUCCUGAGCAAGAGAGUCUGAUGCCUCAGAGAACAAAGGCCAGAUGGCUAAGCACCUAUCCGAGAAGAAGCACCAACCCUGGAACAGCACGUGCUGGCUCUGGCUGGUGUGUGACCUUGGACAAGCCCACUCCCUUCUCUGAGCCUCCACUCCCAGUCUGGAACCAGAGGACUGGAUCGAGGAGUUCCUACCUGCUCUUGCAGCUAGAGCUCACCUUUGCCUGUCCUGCUCAGAUGCCAGUCAUCCCAGGCACAUCCCAACAAGGACAGCAGGCUGCAAAAGGGACAGGCCCCUUGGAGCAUGGCCAGCAGUUGGCUUCAGAACCUGGACUUUGCUGUUCUGUAUGUGACCCUGUAUCCUGGGAGCACUUAACCUUUGCCAAACACAUUAUAGUUCUGAAGGUGGAAGUAGUGUGAGGCACCGCUUACCCUACACCACCUCUGAGGCCCCUUGCCUCUGGCUGCGGGCCCCCUUCCGUUGCAAGCCAGGAAAGACGACAGCUCUGCAGAGGACCCCAGGGCCCGAGGUGGGGGCGAACAGGGUAGGAAGCAAGGGACUCAAUAUACCCCUCACAUGACCCCUACUAGAAUGAGCCCUGGACGUGCAGCCACAGGGCCGCCCCUCCCCUGGUGACUCUACCUGGGGAAAGACAUGGCUGGAGGGGAACGUGUAUGUGCAGGAAAAGGCUGGUGCAGAGCAGCAAGGGCGUGGCCUCAGGUAGCUCUGCCUUAGGGCCGCCCUAAUGCGCUGGAAGUUGUGGUGAGUUGGUGAGGCACUGGCACCCUACACCCCACCAGGAGCCCCGGCCGCCCUCACGUCCCAGCCAGGCCUUGGUGCCUCCCAGCUAGCUCUGCAGGGUGCUGCCCUGAGGGCCCCACUGUCCCGAGGAGCCGCCCACCCAGUCAGUGCCCAUGGGGAAGGGGAGAGGGCAGAGGCAAGCAUGGAAGACAAAACAGCAGAGGGAAGGGGUGCCACAGUGCGGGGGAGGCAGGUGUGUUGGAGGUGUGUGCCGGGGACGGGGCCUCUUCUGCAGAGCUCACUUCAGGCCUGCCCUGCCCCCCUCCCCCAUCAGGUCUUAUUCUCUGGCACUUCACCUUGGAACCAAAACUGCCCACCCCGCUGCACUCACACCCCCUCCAGAGGCCUGGCAGAGAUAGGGUCUCUCCAACUCCUGCUCUGUGCUGGCUGCCCUGGCACAGCCCCACUCCAGGGCCACCCCAGCCCCAGCCCUGUGGCCUCUGCCUCUCAUAACCUACUUACGUCAUUCCCAGAUAGUUUCCAGUCGUUCUCCCAAAUGCAAUUUCCGGAAAGUGAGGGGGACUUCUCCUGGCAGGGGUGGUGAUGGCAAAGGAUGCUUAUAGCUCACGAGUGACAGAGAUCACGAUGGUGACAGAGAUCCAGUGAGCGAGCCAUGCUGCCGGGCCCUGGCCUUGCUGUGGAAAACACCAGGAGGGGAAGCUUUUGGGCAGCCUCCAUCCCCUGCUCUGCUGAGGCCAGAAGAAAGGGAGUCCCACGGGAAGACUGGUCCAUGGCUGGGGCGGAGGCCAAGGCAGGGCAGGGCUGGCCCAGCAGUGCCGGAACUCAGGGUGCGCCUGCAGCCGUUCCUCAGCUCUGGUGUGUCCUCUGGUCACGUCAAACGUUCCUGAAGGCUCGGGGCUGCCCUUCUCCCAUUUCCAGAGAACCGUCUGUGGGCGCCGGGACCAAGAGCCCAAGAUGGCAAGAUGGCUGCUGAGUGAAAACGGCCAACAGACCCCUUUCCACAUCCUGUUGUGGGGUGUAGGGGGGUCGCGUCCUGUGAUGAGCCUUGGGCCUGCCGGAGGGUGGGGUCCUGAAGGGAGAAGGGCCGGAGGACAGAGGCACGGUGGCUCUCCAGCCCUGGGCUGCGGCGAGUGAGGCACCAGCACACGUGCCUCGGUCAUACCCAGGUUGCUUUGCAGUGUCUUCUUAACCUUCUCAGAAAGUUUCUGCAUCUCUGUGAUUCAUGUAAUACUAAUGAACUGUGGGCAAUAAACGAUGGA